AUGGCGGGCGGGCCGCCCGUGCUGCUGGGGCUGCGCGACGCCGCCAUGGCGGGGCCGGUCCCGGCCGGGCCGCUCCCCGCGUGGGCCACCAACAAGCUAGGCGGCACCGCGGACUGGGUGCCGGCCGUGCGGGCGGGCCCGCCGCGGUGCGCGCGGUGCGGGCGCGCGCUGCUGCUGCUGGUGCAGGUGUACUGCCCGCUGGAGCGCGGCCCCGCGCACCGCGCGCUCCACGUGUUCGCCUGCGCCGCGCCGCGCUGCUGGGGAGCCGCCCGCAGCUGGAAGGUGCUGCGCUCCCAGUACUCGCAGGCCCAGGAUAAACAGAGCCGAGCUCUCAGCGUCACACAGAAACAAGAAUCGACCUUUGCUGCAAAGGAUUGGUGUGAGGAUGCAGAUGACUGGGGAGCCUGUGAUGGAGCAGAGGCUCCUGCAUGUGCCUCCCUGGAGCUGCUUGGCCUAAAGGAAGCUGUGAGCAGCGAGGUGGAGUGUGCAUCCCAGCUCCAGCAGCUCCACCUGUCUGAGCCUGCCCAUGGCCCAGGUGCCCAGGACACACAUCCUGCAGCCAGUGAGGACAUGGAUGGCCCCGGUGCCCAGGACACACAUCCUGCAGCCAGUGAGGACAUGCUGAUGGCAAUGGCUGGUUCAGCUCCUGUGUUCCAGCCCUUCUACAUUAAUGUUGUGGAGGAGGAAGAUUACAUGGGUUUCCUUGAUACGGAUCAUGCAGAUAAGCUACUGAAGGAGUAUCAGCAGAGAGAGUGUCUUGAUUUGGAACAGAUGAUGUCAGAAAGUUUUUCAGGUGAAGAUGGUAAUGAAAAAUAUGAGAAGAGUGAAGUCAAAAACUGGGAUCACACAUUCCAUAAAUUCAUGAAAAGAAUAUCUGUAUGUCCUGAACAGAUUUUAAGAUACUCCUGGGGUGGCCAGCCUUUAUUCAUCACAUCUCCUCCAGCCAACCUGGAGCAGGGUAUUCCAGCCUGCAGUACCUGUGGGAGCAGCAGAGUGUUUGAGUUCCAGCUGAUGCCCACGCUGGUCAGCAUGCUCCAGAGUGACUCAGAUCUGUCAGUGGAAUUUGGAACUGUUAUAGUUUACACAUGUGAGAGAAGCUGUUGGCCGACAAAUCAUCAAACCCCUCUUGAAGAAUUUAUUUUUGUACAAGAAGACCCGGAUCAGAGAUUAUUUAAAUAAAUUGUAUUUCUCUGCAUAGAUCAAAAGUC